AAAUUGCAUUUUACCAAUUUUCAUCUAAGAGGAUUUGUACAUGUACUAUUAUUAUGCUUCGAUGUUAAGUAGGCAACUUUAUUCAUAGUACAAACCGUAAAGAUCGAAUAAGAUUUUGAUGGAAAUGAAUGGAAUUUAAGGAAACCGUGAGCAUUGUACUCCCCAAGAUACAAAAUAUGAUUGUCCCUAUUCUUUUCUUCGCCUUUUUGACAGUGGUCAGUGGACUUUUACAUACGUCACAUGAUGGAACAUUACAAUGCCAAUGUACGUGCACGCCUGUUGGAAUUCCUAACGAAAAAAUAUAUACUAGUGGGAAUCUUAAUAUUAUUGAUAAAAAGACCAGCACUUACAAUGAACAAUUACUUUUGCAAGAAAAUAUUACAAUGGAUAAACAGGAAACAAAACCGCAGAUUGCUCCUGCCAAAUUGCCUGUUGAUAAAACAAUCAAACAAUUUAAUGAUAUAGCAAUCUCUAAAAUCAAACAUUCUCUUGGUUUAGGAGUACAUAAACCGAUCUAUGAAACUAUUAGACCUAAAGCUGUCGUUAAACCGGAAAUCAAAUGGUCACAUACUGCAAGUUCAAGUUCAAACGUCGUAACUAAGGAUGCAGUCAAAGGUGUAACAGGGAAAUCUAACUUGGUAGUUGCAAGUAGUUUAAUGAAACAUAAGGAUUUACCCAUUAGCGAAGUACUUGUGAAUAAACCUACAAUCGAAAAAAUAAAUGGAAAUGAUGGAUUUAAGAGUAAAAUGGAAAAGCAAUCAAAUACUCAAGACGGCCAAGGAACUGUAAUUGAUCAAGAUAAAACAACAACUGAUAAAGUUUUGUCUCGUGUCAACAGUAAUCAAAACAAAGCAGUAAAUCAGAAUAUACAACAAAGAUUCGUUUCCUCAAGCCAGGAUGCAGACAAGGUUGCCGCAGAUAUAGGUUUUGUCAUGGAUGGAUCUUCACUAAAUCCAAUACUAAGUGGUGGUUUGUCUGGUGGAAUGGGCUAUUCCUCUGGUACUGGGUAUAUCGUUGAGACUAUAAACAAGAACAGUCCAGAAAAUCAAGAUACAGGAAAAUUUGUCGAGCGAAACGCAAAUGUACAAAAUGGGCACGUUGUAUCAGGAGUUUUGAAUCCAUCAAAUUCAAAACCGGAAAAAGGAAAUAUUGUUGGCGGCAAUGUGAAAACCACUUCUCAUUCGACCGCUGAAAAAGUUGAGACUGGAAGAAAUGAACAAAGAAAAACAAACAAUCAAACAAAGUUUAAAAGCAGGCAACAAAUGAAUAAUAAUAAUCAACAAUUAUCAAAUAACCAGGGUAAAAGAUCACUAAUGAAUAAUAAUAAUAAUAAUAAUCAAAAACUACCAAAUAACCGGAGUAAAAGGCCACAAAUGAAUAAUAAUAAUCAAAAACUACCAAAUAACCAGGGUAAACAGAAGGCAACUACUGUAUGGAAUAGCCUUAACACUAAUGUCAAAAAUAACAACCAGAAAGUGAUGCAUAAUGAUCAGUUAAGGAAAACAAGAUGGCCAAAUAACAACCAACAAACAGAUGGAAAUAUGUGGAACACACAACAAAUGAAACCGUUCCAGAUUCAGCAGGAUCUAAAACAGGGAGUACUGAGUAAUAACAAUAAUCAGUGGGGUAAUAGUAACAAUUGGGGCUCUACUCAAGAUCCAUUCGGGACGAUGCAUAUGGAUCCAUUACUGUUUCUUGGUCAACAUCAAUUCAAAUGAAAUUCGGCUUGACGCAAGUCAUUGUUGCUUUAUGUACAUUAAUAAUAAAAUUAAUUUGUGUAGUUAGUCUAUCAUUUGGAGCGGAUUUUCUGUGUACUGGUGUAUAAAACACUUGUCAAACUUACGCUAUAAUUGUUUUUAUAAAACAGCAUCUAAAAAAUUACUUUCGAAUAAUAUAUUACCAUAAUAGUCAACUUUUUUAUUUGAAAAGUCUUUGGUGUAGUCAUGUUGUUUAAAAUCGACAUAAUGUAAGUAAAGGUUCAGGGUUUUAGUCAAAAUUAAGGUAUUAGCAUUAUUUCAAAAUAAUAUCCCCAUGAAUGAACUAUGUUGAUUGAAAUUGAUCUACCACUUUUCCGGUGAAAAAAUACAAAAAUAUAAAACUCAAAACAACCAAUGGCGUUAUAUCACUCUUAUUUUAAUGUACGAAAAAUCAAUAUAUACCAUAGACUCUGAUACGAAAAAUCUUGAACGUCAUACAAACGUUUACGCAGCACAAUUUCAUCUUGGCCAAAUUGUACAAUGAGCUGCAAAAGUUUCUUAUCUGCAUCCGAUUUCACCUGGAUGGAUUCAACCCAGACGAAGCUAGUUUGUCUAGCGAAAUAUAGCGUUUAUUAUUUUUUAAUCGCAUUGUAAAUAUAUACCUAAUAUUUACAUAUUAAAUAGUGUAUUUAAAUUACAUUGUAAGGCAAUCUUUCAUUUUAUUUGUGUAGUUAUAAUCAUCUUUUACUGUUUAAUCCACACUCAAAUUAAUUUGUAUGUUCUGUGUUGCUAUCAGUAGAUACGAAGGGACAAUGCAUAUAUCAUAUACAAAACUAUUAAAAUUUUUAAAUGAUA